GUUAAACAUGCACGUGAUUUUGAAUUCGACUUUACCAAAGACACCACUAAGCAGUUUGGCUAGCAAAAUUCAGUGAAAAUUACAGGCGCAGUUACCUGUUGGCUAAAUAUAGAUUGAUAGCCAUAUGUCAACAUAAAACGAGACCACAUAUAAACACCUUAUCUUUAUACUUGCGGUGCUUCAAAUAACAGGAUGUCGGACAGCGAGUCCGUAAAGAAAAUGUUGCGGUCUGUUCUCCAGUCCAGCAAGGCAGGUGUUUCUAUUAACACUCUCCAGUCAGAGUACCGCUCACUGUGCGGAGAGAGCAUCCCGCUGAGGAAGCUGGGCUACUUGAAACUGGAGGACUACCUCAGGAGCAUCCCCUCGGUGGUCCGCCUGGACUACCGCAUGGGUGAGAUGAUGUGCUUUGCUGCGGUGUGUCAAGAGACAGCCCACAUUGCUGAGCUGGUGGCCAGGCAGAAGAGCCCCAAGAAAUCUUGUCGUGCACAGUUUGUCAACUGCAAGAUGAGAUUCAAACCUUCCAACCCAUACAUGCUCAAUGUCAGGCCAAGGUUGUCUCUCCGCCAACCCUCAGCUAGUAAUAUCUCUAACUGGAUGCAUAACCGUCCUCGAUCCCAUGGUGGCUACAGAGGAGGUUUCAGCGCCUCAGGAGACUACAGGCUGUCGGACCCAAGGUUCAGCUCUGUUACCCCGGUGGAACACAGACGACCAGCUCCUCAACCAGCUCCUCUUUCCACUGUAAAGCAGUUGUUAAAGCCUGACAGGAAAGAGGAGAGCUUGGCAAACUAUCAGAAGAUCAGAGAGAAGCCUCCAGAACAAAUCUCUAGACUUGGCCAAUCCCAGUCUGGUUCGUAUGACAUGGAGCUGGUGCAGAGCAGAAUCACUCAGGUGCUGGAGAAAUACUGCAGUGGAUUGUGGAUGUCGAAACUGCCCGCAGUCUACAGAGAAAUGUUUGGUGAGAGCCUCCACCCUCAGGUGCUCAUAGAUCUGGAAAAGUGGACGGACGUUAGUAUGGUGGAGCAAAUGCAGAGCACCAAUCGAGCCGACCGCCUAAUCUACCCUCCUCUGCCUUCUAAGCCUUGUGUUUUCCCUGGAAGUCCCACCACCAGCACGCCUCCGACAUCGCCCUCUGAUUCAAGAAGAAUCAACACACUCCUUUCUUUACGCCCAUCAGCUACUGAACAGCUUUCCAACCCCCACUGUCCCCCCCCUGUCCCUAAACCACGAGUUUGCCCGUUGGCUAAGCCCACCUUCAUUUUUCAUCCACAACUUGCCCAUGACCCAGCUCCUGCUUCACCGAAUCCCCCAUGUGUUAAUCCUGCAGUCAAUGGUGGAUGUAAAGAUGAUAACAACUUGCCCACAGCCACCCUCAACCACAGCCGAAACGCUCAGCCCUCAGCUUCCACCUGGACAUGGUCUGCAUCAACCAACGCUCCUCCACUGGCUUCCUCCAUCCAAACCGACCCUGAAAUUUUACCUCUUUUGAAGGUCACAUUCUCUCCUAACUCCAAUUCUGCCCCUUGUCCUCCACCAAAAUCUCCUGCUGACAUUGUGUCAGCUGAAUUGCGUGAGAGAAUAAAGGAGCUUCUGUCUAAGUACAGUCAAGGUCUGUGGGCCCAUGCUUUGCCCAAACUCUUUAUGGACACGUACAAGACACCAUUCCCCGAACACGUUUUGGACAACUUGUCUCUUUUGCUGGAUUUCUGCAGCGUGGAGUAUCCUAUGUCGCAUGACAAGAGGAAGGCCAUUCUGUAUUUCUCCAGCAGAGCAGACAUAGAAGCCACAGACAGCCAAGACAGCCAGCGAGGCAAAAGCCAUCCCCUUCCCUCUGGUCUGGAGGUCCUGGGUCCUGUAGUGCCUCCUAGUCUGGUUCUUCCCUCAGAGCAGUACCCCUCUGUGCUGAUUACUGAUGCCCAGAGCAGCAGUGCUGUUACUGUAAGGUAUGUAGGUGAGGGCUACUCCAAUGCCCAGGAGGCCAUGGAGCAGGCCAUGUGCUCCUUCUACAACCACAACUCCACCCACCAUCCUCUCUCUAAACCUGUUGUUGGUCAGCUGGUGGCAGUAAGAGGGGAGGAAGGAGAUGAGCUUGCAAGAGCUCAGGUCGUGGAGGUUGUGGCCCCUGACAAGGUCAAGGUAUACUAUGUAGACUAUGGCUUCUCUGUGGAAACCAGUGAGACUAAUCUGCUGGAGCUGCAUCAGGACUUCCUCUCCCUGCCGUUCCAGGCUAUCAAUGUCAGACUUGCAGGUCUCGAGGCAUUCAGCUCCCAUCCAGAGGUGCUGUCUUUACUGGACAAGUUGGCAGUGGAAAAGAUCCUACUGAUGGAGACGUUAGAGCCACAUCAACAGAAUAAUACGCCUGUCACAGUGUUGUACGACACUUCACAGGCUGAAGACAUCAACAUCAACUCAGCCUGCCUGAAGGCUCUCCGAGAUGUAACCAUGAACAACCCUCUGACUGUAAAUGUUACCUAUCAGGAUGUGUUUGUCACAAAUGUGUGUGCAGAUGGUAUCAUCUACUGUCAGCUGCCUUCCAGAGGAACCGCAAGACUCCGCAAGCUGCUGGAAGAAACAGAGUCUUUCUUUAUUUCCCAGAUGACGUCUGAGUCCCUGGUGUCCAGACCCUUUGUUGGCAAGCUCUGUCUCGCCCGCUACAAGGGAAUGUGGUCCAGAGUGGAGAUAACCACCAUGUAUGGCAACAGAGUGAUUGAGAUUCUCUACAUUGACUUGGGUGUCUCAGCAACUGUAGAGGUCACUGAUCUUCGAGAGAUCCCUCCCCUCUUCGUCAAAAGCUUCAUCAUCAUCCCACCACUGGCUAUCAAAUGUCGCCUGGCUGAUGUAACAGUUCCAGAGGGGGACUGGAGCCCAGAGGCUGUUCUGUGGGUGAAGGAGGCGGUCCUGGGUUCUGAAGACUGCAAAAUGAAGAUCUUGAAAUUAGACCAGCACAAAGGGGACCGGCUGGUCUAUAUGUACCUCUUCAUCGGUGCUGACGGUCAGGAGCUGGACAAGAGCAUCAACCACCAGCUGGCCCAGUCAGAGCUGUGGCGGAAGCUCACAACACAGAACAACAACACAAUCACCAGCUACAACAGCAGUGUGGAUACAGGUCUCAGUGCUCUGGUGGAGAAGUUGACUCUGAGCAGCCCUGUCCCACAAGCUAUUGUCACGGCCUCAGCCCAACCUCUUCCUGGAGCAGAGAACACUCUCUCUGCAGAUACAGCCACCAAAGCUGAGAUGCAGCCACUUCCACUGCCUCCCCCGCUGGAGCUCCCCCAGCCUGGUCAGAAUAUGGAUGUGUUUGUGCCAGUGGCCUGCCACCCUGGUUACUUUGUGAUGCAGCUAUGGCAGGACCUGUAUAAACUGGUGGUGCUGAUGGGGGAGAUGAUCCUCUAUUACAACAAGAUAUGGAAGACCAACUCAGCCCCGCCCAUUCAGACAGGAGAGAUCUAUGCUGCCAAAAUAGACAAGAACUGGCACCGUGUGCAGGUCAAGGGGAUUCUGACCAACGGGCUGGUUUCUGUCUUCGAGUUGGACCACGGCAAACAUGAGCUGAUCCGCAGUGCUUUCCUCCGACCCUUGAUAGAGGAAUUCAGACAACUGCCCUUCCAGGCCAUCACUGCACAACUGGCAGGUAUUUCACAGCACCAGUGGUCAGAGGAGGCCUCCAUGUUAUUUAGGAACCAUGUUGAGGAGCGAGCCCUGGUAGCCCAGGUGGAGAGUGUGCCGGAGGUGUCGGACGUUAAAGGUAAGCUGUGGGAACGCAAGCUGACAGUUUACCUGGUGGACACUACAAUGGAGGACAGGGAUCUGUGGAUUCAUACCAUCAUGGCCGAUAUCGACAGUGAACUUUCUUCAGCAGCCUAAAAAGUCUUCUCUGGAACUGAAAGUUUGACAAUAGCUCUUUUCCUGGAUCUUUUCAUUUUCUUAAAGUGGUGAAAGUGCUCAGUGAACUUUGAAAGCCGAGUCACGAUCUGUGCCUUCGGUAUAUUUUCAGUGUUCUGGAUCUUUCUCCCAGUCAGACUUUAAAGAAGCACUUUUUAAUUUUCAAGGGCCUUGUCAUAUUGAGACAGAAGAUGUUUUGUUCAAGAGUUAUUUUUUUCUGAAUGUACAGAUUAUAAAAAAUGUUCAAUGUGUUUCAGAAGCACUAUGGAGUGCAGUUGUACUCAGAUUAAUGAGGAAAAAGAUGGAAACAUUCCACGCCAUCAGAUGUUAGUGUUGCCAGUCUGAUAAGUAAAUCCACCUCAGUUUAAUUCAUCAAACUUUUUAUUUGUCCAAGUUAAGUCACCUGCAUGUUGCAUGUUUUUUGUGUUAUUUAUUACUCUGUUUCCCCAUCUAACCUGUUUUUGUUUGCUGUGCCUUUAUGCAUGCAGUUGUAUGGCUCAUUUUGCACUUAAUUUUGUGUCUUUACACAUGUUUUUACAUUAAUCCAACUUAAAUGACUUAACAGCAUUAAUCUAACUCUUGUUAAAUUUUGUUAACUGGCUGAAAAGAUUGUUUCAACAUGAAAAGCUGUUCACACUGAUGUGUUCUAUUAAAAUGUGUAGCCAAA